GCGGGCUACAGCUGCAGCGCCUCCCUGCCCAGCGCAGCAUCCAGCAUCCAGCACAGCAGCUGCAGGUCCCAGCGGAUUUUUUUUUCUAGUUGAAGUGGAGUUUGGUGGUCAUCAUGGGGGAACUGUUCAGGAGUGAGGAGAUGACCCUCGCCCAGCUUUUUCUCCAGUCAGAGGCAGCCUACUGCUGUGUCAGCGAGCUGGGAGAACUGGGCAUGGUCCAGUUUAGAGAUCUGAAUCCAGACGUAAAUGUGUUCCAACGCAAGUUUGUGAAUGAAGUGAGGAGAUGUGAGGAGAUGGACAGGAAACUGAGGUUUGUGGAGAAGGAGAUCAAGAAAGCCAACAUCCCAACUGUGGACACUGGAGAAAAUCCAGAGGUGCCUUUCCCAAGGGACAUGAUUGAUCUAGAGGCUACCUUUGAGAAGCUGGAGAACGAACUGAAGGAGAUCAACACCAACCAGGAAGCCCUGAAGAAGAACUUCCUGGAGCUGACGGAACUGAAACACAUCCUCCGUCGAACACAGCAAUUCUUUGAUGAGAUGGAGGAUCCCAAUUUGCUGGAAGAGUCAUCGGCCCUGAUGGAGGGCAGUGAGGGGGGCCGCGGGGCCCCGCUCAGAUUGGGGUUUGUGGCUGGUGUGAUCAGCAGGGAGAGGAUUCCCACCUUUGAGAGGAUGCUGUGGAGGGUGUGUCGCGGUAACGUCUUCUUACGGAAGGCCGAGAUUGAGGACCCUCUGGAGGACCCCACCACGGGAGACCAAGUCCACAAAUCUGUCUUCAUCAUCUUCUUCCAAGGUGACCAGCUGAAGAACAGGGUGAAGAAGAUCUGUGAGGGGUUUCGUGCCUCUCUCUACCCCUGUCCAGAGACCCCACAGGAGAGGAAGGAGAUGCUGGCUGGAGUCAACAGCCGCAUUGAUGACCUCCAGAUGGUGCUGAACCAAACAGAGGACCACCGUCAGCGAGUGUUGCAGGCCGCCUCUAAGACCAUGCGGGUGUGGUUCAUCAAAGUGAGGAAGAUGAAGGCUAUCUACCACACGCUCAACCUCUGCAACAUCGACGUCACCCAAAAAUGUCUGAUUGCUGAGGUGUGGUGCCCUGUAUCAGACCUGGACUCCAUCCAGUUUGCUCUGCGCAGAGGGACGGAGAGGAGCGGCUCGACGGUGCCGUCCAUCCUCAACAGGAUGCAGACCAAGCAGACUCCGCCCACCUUCAACAAGACCAACAAGUUCACGUCAGGCUUCCAGAACAUCGUCGACGCCUAUGGCAUCGGGAACUACCGGGAAAUCAAUCCAGCUCCAUACACUAUUAUCACCUUCCCCUUCCUGUUUGCGGUGAUGUUUGGUGACAUGGGUCAUGGCGUGCUGAUGACCUGUGCUGCCCUCUACCUGGUCAUCCGAGAGAGUCGCCUCCUCGCCCAGAAGAGUGACAAUGAGAUGUUCAACAUGGUGUUUGCUGGUCGCUACAUCAUCCUGCUGAUGGGGAUCUUCUCCAUCUACACCGGCAUCAUUUAUAACGACUGCUUCUCCAAAUCACUCAACAUGUUUGGCUCUGGAUGGAGUGUCAGGCCCAUGUUUGGCACCAAAGGAGCCAACUGGUCGGUUGAGACUCUUGAUGGAAAUGCAGUGCUACAGUUAGACCCAGCUGUUCCCGGUGUGUUCAAUGGGCCUUAUCCUCUGGGAAUUGACCCGAUCUGGAACGUUGCCACCAACAAGCUGACCUUCCUCAACUCAUUCAAGAUGAAGAUGUCUGUCAUCCUGGGUGUCAUCCACAUGCUGUUUGGAGUGUCUCUCAGUCUCUUCAACCACCUGUACUUCAAGAAACCACUGAACAUCUUCCUGGGUUUCAUCCCAGAGAUUGUCUUUAUGUCGAGCCUGUUUGGCUACCUCAUCCUCCUGGUCUUCUACAAGUGGACAGCCUAUGACGCCAUGACCUCCAAGGAUGCUCCCAGCCUGCUUAUCCACUUUAUCAAUAUGUGUCUCUUCAACUACAGUGACCCCACCAACAAGCCCCUCUACCGGGGACAGAUGGGGAUCCAGGUUUUGUUGGUGCUGAUUGCCCUUGCAUGUGUACCCUGUAUGCUGAUUGUGAAAACUAUGGUGCUUCGGCGUCAGCACCUGUGGAAAAAGCACCUGUCCCAGAAGAGGGAAGAAACCCCUGCAGAGAAUCUAGAGCAGUCUUUAGAGCAAACAGGCGUGUCCUCAUCAUGCACCGGACUCACCCAACAGGGCACGCAGAAGUUCGGAGGAGUGCGGGUGGGCAACGGGCCCACGGAGGACGAGGCUGGCAUCAUGGACCACGACCAGCUCUCCCAGCACUCAGAGGAGGGAGAUGAGCACUCAGAGGAAGAGCCGUUUGACUUUGGUGACGUAGCUGUCCACCAGGCCAUCCACACCAUAGAGUACUGUCUGGGAUGCAUCUCCAACACUGCCUCCUACCUGCGCCUCUGGGCCCUGAGUCUGGCUCAUGCACAGCUGUCAGAGGUGCUGUGGUCUAUGGUGAUGCACCUGGGUCUGUCCUCCCGGAGCGGGGGCGGGUUCUUCGGCCUGUCGAUCAUCUUCUCGGCCUUCGCCACUCUCACAGUCGCUAUCCUGCUCAUCAUGGAGGGGCUGUCAGCCUUCCUGCAUGCCCUGCGUCUGCACUGGGUGGAGUUCCAGAAUAAGUUCUACUGUGGCCAGGGCUUCAAGUUUGUCCCCUUCUCAUUUGAGAGCAUCCUGGAUGGACGAUUUGACGAGUGAUCAGGCCUCAGCCCCUCCAGCAUGAGCCAGCAGGGUCCCCAGCCUUCCCUCCUCUGUGUAUGUACUUGUGUGUGUGUGUGUCGGUGUGCAUGAGCCCAAGUGCAACCCUCUGUCACCCUCUAUUGGCAAUUUGUGAAACUUUAUUGUGUAUGAACUAUAAUGUAUUCCUUGUAAAUGUUUUUUUUUUCCAGUGUGCGCGUACCUAUAUUGAUUCCUCCUCUGCUAUUGUGCAGUACCAUCACUGUACUGAGCACUCAGUGUGUUCACCACCAUUAAGUUAUCCAUUAACAAAUACAUUUAGAGAAGUCUGUGUCGUUAUACUCAUAAACCUUUGCAUUUCUGUGUCAUAUGCUAUAGUGAGUGUGGAUUAAAGUUGCCCCUCUGUUGGAGGAGGGCUAAAAACCAGGCUUUCUCAGUGUGGUCAGACAAACUGAACCAGAAUCCAGAGUUGAGAUAAACUACUUCAAAACUGUAUCCUGUGAAGGCACCUUAAGUAUAUGUACCGCUUGGAACAGUUAGGCAGUGGGAAAACCUUUAAAUAUCCAUCCAGCUCAUGAAAUGACUAUGUAAGACCAGCUGUCCUCUUUCUCCUGUGUAAUCAGAUCAUUUACACACAGCCAUUAUAGAAAACCCAGUGUUCACACUUAGCUUGAAGUUUUACCGUAAAUCUGUUGCUCCAUCCAAAAGAGAAAAUUAUCAGACGGUGCUAUGGAAUAAUGAUAUUGAGAUAAAAGACAGAGGAAUUGUUCUAUUGCCCAUUUGUAUGCAGUCAGAAUACAUUUCAUUCAUCAUGUUAAUGUGUUUAACUUGCAGCAUGGGUUAACUUCUGCCAUAGCUAGUUUAGAUACAGUUCAAUUGUUUCUGAAAUAAGAUAAUAUGGAGUUGUAAGACCACAGUUCAACAUGUGGCAAUAAUUGUGGUAUUACAAAAGCAAUAUGGUUCCUCUCAGUAUUCGAUCAGUAUAUCCAGAAAUCACAUUUUUCAUUUCCAUUUAAUUUUACAAUAAACUCCAGCAGUUUAGCGAAUCAGUGUAUGUAUAUUAUUUGUUACUAUAUAUCAUGGUAAGAUGAAGACAUGGUGUCCUCUGUGCUGUGAUCUGUGGAUUCCCUGUGCUCAUUCUAUGUCAAUCGUUGUUGUAAAACCAGUUGAAGAAUUGAACUGAUCCAUUUAACCUAAAAUGUCAGACUUCACUGUGUGGAAUUACUUCCAGUUGCUGCGGAAAUGUAGGAAAUAAUAUCACCAAUGAAAUAACUGUGGCAGAACUUUGUCCAUCCUUUGUUUCUGAAAAAAAAAAUUCUUCCAACAUAUUUUAAGCUCAAGUUAAAUUUGAAAUCACAGUGCACAGCAUUUCCAACAAGCCACUCCAUCCAAUAGUCACCACAACCAUUAAGAGUUAAAAAUGUGAAUAUUUAUGCUGUUCUGCACUGAAAUAUUCAGUAACAAUCAUGUUCAUCUGAUAAUCAUGUUUAUUGAUGCUGAGUGUCAUUUCAGUAUUUGUUUGGUGUUUUACUUUAUGAAUACAAAUAUAAGUGAUUACAUAAAAUGUUUCUUGUAUUUGUAUUUGCAUUUGGAUGCCAAAUGACUGCAGAACAAGAGCCUCUAAACAACAAAUGCAACUGAUGUUGGUCAGUAACUGGUGAGAUUGUUCAAUGUGUUUGUGAUCAAUAAUAAACAAAGA